AUGGAAAAGUUUUCAUACGUUCUUAAGCCUAUUCCUCGUGAGAAAUCUCAAAAAGCUAGCAGAAGGAAGACCAGAAUUCUUUUUAAAGAGACAGGAGUAAAGCAAUCUUCAAAGAAUAUCCCUGAGGAGAGCCCAUUGUUCUCAUUAGGUUCAAAAAUUUCUUCUGUCAAGAUUGAUAAGAUCGACCUCUUAGUGCUCCUGAAGGAUAAUAUAUCUACUCUGAAAGAGCAGAUACUGGAGCAAGAGGAUUAUAAAGAGAUGGAGGUAAACCUGAAAUUUCCCAAGCUUACUAAUAAUUUCAUUAAUAAAUAUCUCAAAGAUGAGGUUUCAAAAAUGGACCUGACCCAGUUCUCCAGUGCUAAAGAAAUCCAGAUUUUGGAUGAAAGCUUGACAAAAGGUUUCUUCUGGGAGCUCAAAGGCAUCAAUCAUAAUGAAGCAGUCCCUGCCAGAAAACCUUUGGUUCCUACUGAGGAUAUGGAAACACAGACUUUAAAUGAAAACAAACAAGAACUUGAGAUGCUCAGGAAGGAGCUCAUCUCAAAAGAGUCUGAAAUUGUAACCCUCAGCACUAAAAAUGAUCUCUAUCAGUCACAAAUUUUAGACCUGAACAAGGAAAUUGAAGGUCUGAAGUCAGAACUCGCUGACUCUUUGUCAGCAAUGAAGGUACAUGAAUCUGAAAUUGCUGAUCUUAGUCGUCAGAUCUCCUCCUUCAAUAGUCAUAAGGAGUCAACUCUUUCCAAAGAACGUGACCAGAACAAAGAGAUAGGCUUGCUGAAGGCUAAGAUUACCAACCUAGAUGGAGAAAUUGCUUGUAAAAAGAAGAUCAUUGACCAAAAGGAUGAGAAAAUCAGCUCCCUAAGCAGUAACUAUAAGAAGUUAGAGGGCUUCAUAGAUACUGUUGAGAAGGAAAAUGAACAAAACCACCAACAAAUGGAAGAGCUUAUGGCAGAAGUUGAAAAACUUAGAGAGAAAGAAAGAAGCUUCGAAAAGCCUAAAUUCACCCUUCAAAUUGAGAAACUUACUCAAGAAAUCAAUAACUUAAAGAUAGAGCAGAAGGAGUACCAGGCCAAAGUGAGGGAGCUUGAACAAGAAAAAGAGGAGACUCUGAGUCAGAUUCAUCAAGAUGAAUUUGAAGAUAACCUUGCUGAUGAACAAUUUGAAGGCAUAAAUAAACAUCUCAAAGAUACUGAUCCAGAGACUACAAUGAACUUGAAACUUGAGCUUAAGGCCUUGCAGGAUGAGAACCAGAUUUUAAAAGAUGAUUGCCAAGCAUAUUCUAAUGAAAUAGAUAAUCUUAAGAAGGCACUACAUGAACUAAAGUCAGAAGGCGACCAGAUCUCAGGUGAAGAAUAUGAAUCUUUUAUGAAAAGAACUAAUGAAAAUUAAUGAGCAAAUGCUACUAAGCAAGGUCUCAAUGCUCACUAGCCAACUUCAAUCUCAGAAAGGAAAAUUCCAAAAAGAACUCUGAGAGAAAGCUAAGACUAUCAAGGAGCUGAGCAGUAUCAUUGAUGCCUUAUCUAAGAGAUGCAAGAGGCUAAGGAGACAAGUCCAUGGAGCCGGCUAA